AUGCUGCGCCACACGGCUCUCGCAGCGCUAUGCAUCACUGCUGCAGCCCUUGUAGCUCAGCGAACCACAACACCCACAGCAACGGAUGACGCCCUCGCAAAUCUAAGAAGAGCCAUGGCUCAAAAGCCAGCAGCCGUCUCGAGAAAGACCUUCGGCACCGCAUCGAUCGCCGCGGCCGUCACGGCCUUCGCGCGAGUAGCGGAGGUCGACGCGUCGGGCGGCGCGACGGCAGGCGGCGCCUAUUUGCUACGAGCGAAGGAGCGAUAUAAUGCGAGAGUAACCGAGGGCGCCAAGGCCUACAAGAAAUCGACGGACAUCGCGGCGCUCUUCGCCGAGAAGGACGGCGCGCUGGACGACCUCGAGGCCGCCGGCUUCCUGCUCGCGAACGCGUUCCGCAUCAACUCGACCCAAAACCCGGACAAGAUCGUCCAAGUGCAGAAGUUCAAGGCCUUUAAAAAGGACGCGGACGCCUGUGCGGCAUUGCUCAAGAAGAAGAAGAAGACCGACGCGGCGGCGGCCUACGACGCGUCUCUGGUAUCACUCGACGCCUAUCUGAGUUCGGUGGGGCUCUGA